AAAAAAAUCUAAAUAUAGCUGAAAAAAAAAUUAAAGCAACAAAUACGGGACUUAAUCAAGAACUCGUCGCAGAGGAAAAUCUCUGAAAGAAUUCAAGAAUCAUUUCAAGACUGAAUCAAGAACAUAUUUAUUUCAUCAAUGAUAUUUUCAAAAUUUAUACCGGGGUUUUUCUGGGCGUUUUGCCGAAUUGCAUUGAACACAGCAGCAGAGAAAAAACAAAACAAAAAAAGCGAUCAGAAACCCGAAAAAAGCGACUAAAGUUUAAUGAACGUAGCGAAGGUCAACGACUUUACUUUGGGUCGUCUUCCAAAGCGCCCUCUAUCGGCAUAUAGCCACAGCUAACUCUGCUCAAACUCACAACUGCGUUUGCUGAUAAGAAAAAUGCUUAACGCCAAUUGGAAGACAAAAUGAAAAGGAAACAAGAAGCAAAAAAGGAAAACAACAAAGGAAUUUUUAACAAAUUUAAAGAACCCUGCAAAAAACAAUGGAAUAAACAGAAAAUGUGUACAAGAAACAAGGAAUAUAAUUGGUGUAUCGUGAAUCUAUAUAACAGACCUAAAAAUGCUGAAACCUGUGUGAACAACAAUUGCUAAACAACCAACAAAAACAAAGAGCUCUUAGCGAGUCAUAAAAAACAACAAACUCGUCAUUUUUACAAAUUCCAAUAAGAAAACGUAAACUUAUAAAAGUGUAACAAAAAGUGAUUUAAUAACUAAUAACCUCCUGUUUAAUAAUAAGAGAAAGAAAGAUGGAGAGAACGAGCAGGUGCGAUGUGUGAAAACGUGCGUAAAAUGUUUCGGCGUUUUUGUUUUGAUUCUUAUCAGACGAAAGCGAAGCAGACGGUAAAGCGUGCGCGGCAAUGAAAAACAGAGUAAAAACAAAAUGGUACACGACGGAAUAAACUUGAAAUUUCGCCGGAAAAAACGUAAUUUUUGUUUAAAAAAUUCGCCACGAAUGAACGGAUUUGUGAAAAAAUCGUAGGAAAAUAUCAAAGUAUGGAUUUGGAAACGGUGUUCUGGUAGAGUUCAAGUGGAUUUUUACAUAGAUUCCGUUAAAUUGAUUUGUCAUUAUAUAUUUAAUAAUGAUAUGCUAACAUAAUAAAUAAACCAAAACCAACUCUGAUCAGACAUCAAAGUGAUUAAUCGUCCAUCGACAGCUGCAUUCCAAUUGGAAAUAUAAUUCCACGUUUCAUUGCCAACGUUCCACGAUCGCGCGCGCCCUCCCGCGUUUUUUAACGCGCCGAUCGUUAAAAAUUCAUUAAGGCUUGUUAAUCGCCGCAAAUAAAAAAAAAAAAAAAAUUACAAAUAAUACAAAUAAUAAUCGCAAUCUAUUUAUUGAUACUCGCAAAGUGCGACCGUGUGUGUGAAAGUGAGUGAUUGUGUAUCGCCGUAUCAGUAUCUGCAUCCGCAACCGCAUCCGCCGGGUAAAUGUCCGCGAAAAGGGUAAAGCAUUUGGAUCAGCUGCAGAUUUGAUGCCGUGACGUAGCUGUCAGGAAAACGUCAUCGAUUUCCCGCCGCUUGGACUCGCGAUGUCACGACGCAAACAGUCCAAUCCCAAGCCGUUGAAUAAAGGUGAUUGUUCCGAUACCACAGAAGACAUGACUGUCGACAGCAGAGAUUCCAAAGAUUUGACCGCUCAAGAGAUGGGCAGCGAGGAGAAGGAGCAGCAGCAGCUGGAGGAUCAGCUGGAUGACGACUCCCGGGAUCUCCAAGAGACCAACAAUAAUAACAAUAACAAUAAUAAUAAUAACGAAGAUGAAGACGAAGAUGACCAGGACGACGCUGUAUUUGAGCAGCCAGAUGAGACUAAUGCCGCGCCUGAUCAGGAUCUGGGCGAGACCGAUCCGCGGCAGGAGGAGAUUGAAGACGAACUACCCGUCAACAGUCCCAGCACUCCGCCCAGGAGCAGCCCCUCCUCGCCGCAGCUGAUACCCAAGCUGGAGCAGCCUUCGACGCCGCCAUCCGAGGCCGAACCCUCGCCCUGUCCCUCACCCUGUCCCACGCCCACCAGCACGCCCAAGUUGCCCAAGCUGCGUCUGAAUGCGCUCCUGGCCUCCGAUCCCGCCCUCAAGCCCGAUGCCAAGGAGCUGACUCUACCAGAGCCUCGCCUGCUGGCACCUCCGUCGGUGUCCAUAAAGCCGGAGGCGCCGCCAUCGCAGGCCGAGAACCUGGGAGCGGAGCCGCUGAUGAAGCCAGCCCGUUUCAUGUGCCUCCCCUGCGGUAUCGCCUUCAGUUCGCCCUCCACGCUGGAGGCUCACCAGGCCUACUAUUGCUCUCAUAGGAACAAGGAGGCGGACGAGGAUCAGGCGGGCAGUGACAAGUCAGUGACGGGCGGUGGAUCUGCCUCCGGAGGAGGCGGGGCCGCGGGACCGGGAGGAGGAGGAGGAGGAGGAUCCUCGUCGGAACCACCGGCCAAAAUGGCCAGAACGGGCAAGCAGUACGCCUGCUCGCAGUGCUCCUACAGUGCGGAUAAGAAGGUGUCCCUCAACCGGCACAUGCGGAUGCACCAGACCUCCCCGGCCACGCCCACCUUGGUCAGCCUGCCCAAUCUCAUCCAGAACGGCAUACCACCGCCGCCGGGCGUCGUGGUCGCGCCCAACUCGCUGGAGGAGGCCUCUAGUCAACAGACGGAUCGCUACUGCAGCCACUGUGAUAUCCGCUUCAACAACAUCAAGACGUACCGGGCGCACAAGCAGCACUACUGCAGCUCCCGGCGGCCGGAUGGCCAGCUCACCCCCAAGCCGGACACCUCUCCUGGCGGCGGAGGUGGUGGUGGCGUGGGACCAGGCCCAUCCUCCUCCUCCUCGGCAUCAGGUGGAGUCCCUGGAGCCACCCUGUCAGCGGCGGCUCCUGGCAAGCUGAGUCCACAGGCCAGCAGGAACAACAAGACGCCAACGCCCGCCAUGGUGGCCUUGGGCCAUGCCGCAGCGGCGGCGGCGGCGGCGGCAGCUGCAGCGGCUGCCUCUCUUCAGGCGCCGCCUCACCCGCCGCCGCCCUUUCUAGCGUUGCCCACGCAUCCGAUCAUCAUUGUGCCCUGCUCGCUGAUACGGGCGGCCAGCUUCAUUCCGGGGCCACUGCCCACUCCCAACUCGGGAAUAGUGAAUCCGGAGAACACCUGCUUCACCGUGGACAAUGGAACCUUCAAGCCACUGGCCACCGCCCUGCUGGGUACUGCCCUAGAGCCAGAGCGACCCUCGGCACCCUCAUCUGCAGCCGAGGUGCCAGAACCCAAGAGCAGUCCUCCCGAGCCCAAGCGCAAGGAGGCGGGCGGAAGUCGAGAGUCUGCGCCCUUGGAUCUCUCACUGCGCCGUUCGCCCAUCUCUCUGAACUCGCUGAGCCUGCGGCAGCGACACCUGCGCUCUGCUCUCCUCGAUAUGGAGGAGGCGCUGCUGGGCAACGUGGGCAAAGAGAUUGCAGAAACCUCGGCUGGCGGAAGCGUGACUCCCGAACAGAUCGUGUGCGCUCCCUCGCUGCCCAGCAGCCCCUCGAUGAGUCCCUCGCCCAAGCGGCGAACCAUCAGUCCCCGGAGCUCUGGAGCCGGCAGCAAUGCCUCCAUGUCGCCACCUGGCCUGGGUGUGGUACCCAGCCUGCUGGACAUGCGCUCCAUGCUGCCAGCGGACUUUGGCUUGUCCGAAUCCCUGCUGGCCAAGACCAAUCCGGAGUUGGCCCUCAAGCUGGCGGCGGCGGCAGCUGCGGCGGCUGCAGUGGCCGGAGGAGGAGGUCCUUCCCAGGCGCAGGCUAGUGUAGGGAAUCCCGGGGGAAGUGGAGCCACUGCAGGAGCCCCCCAGCAACCGCAGAUAUAUGUGAAGCAGGGCGUGUCCAAGUGCAAGGAGUGCAAUAUCGUUUUCUGCAAAUAUGAGAAUUACCUGGCGCACAAGCAGCAUUACUGCUCCGCCAGGAACCAGGAGGGUUCCGCUGAUGGCGAUGCCAAGUCGGCUGUCUCGCCAGGAGCCGGCGGAGCCGGAGGUUCUAGCGUGGGAGGAGGAUCAGAGCCUGCCACUUCGGUGGAAACAACACCGGUGGCGUACCAGCAACUCAUCUGCGCCGCCUGCGGCAUCAAAUACACCUCCCUGGACAACCUGCGAGCCCACCAGAACUACUACUGUCCCAAGGGAGGAGCCACGGCUGGAGGAACGCCCUCAGAUCCGGUCAAGGAGAAGUGUGGCAAGUGCAAGACCCUUCACGAACUGGGCCUCCCUUGUCCAGCGCCACUCACCAGUGUCCUGGCGGCACCCACAGCCAACUCCGGCUCCUCCUCCGCGAACUCCUCUUCGCUGGCCGCCGCCUCCAAUAGCCUGAACAAGUGCCCUGUCUGUGGUGUGGUGAGUCCCACGGCGGCGCUGGCCAAGAAGCACAUGGAGAUGCAUGGCACCGUGAAGGCCUACCGCUGCAGCAUCUGCCAGUACAAGGGCAACACGCUGCGGGGGAUGCGCACCCACAUACGCACCCAUUUCGACAAGAAGACCACCAGCGAGGUGAACGAGGAGCACUUCAUGACUUGCAUCUUUCAGGAGGAGGAGGAGCAGCAGCAGCAGCAGCAGGGUCGUGCAAUCAGCCAGGAGCUAAGGGAGCAGGAGUCGGCCAUGGAUCAUCCGCCGCAGUUGUUCAACUGCGAUUACUGCAACUACGCCUCCACCUACAAGGGCAAUGUGCUGCGCCACAUGAAGCUGCUGCAUCCGCACGUGGCCCUCAUCAGUUCCCCCUCGAUUUCGCCGGAGUGCAGGGAUCAGGAUUCAGUGAUCUUGAACUCGACAGCCAGCAACCAGCACUCCGAGGGCUCCAAUGGCGAGGCAGCCAGCUUCCACAUCAAGUCCGAGCCCUUGGAUCCACCCUCGUCCACGCUGAGCCUGGUCCAGGAGAACAACAACUCCUCUCCCGUGCCCACCCUGACGCCACACAUCAAGGCCGAGCCCAUGGACAUUGAUAGCCUGACGACGGUGGCCUCACCCUUAGGAGCCGCUGCAGCCGCUGCUGCUGUGGCCGCCGCCGAGGUGAUGAAGAAGUACUGCUCCACAUGCGACAUAUCCUUCAACUAUGUGAAGACCUACCUGGCCCACAAGCAGUUCUACUGCAAGAACAAGCCCCAUCGGCCGGAGGUCAGCGAUAGUCCCAGUCCGAACCUGGGAAUGGGUGGUCUUAGCAGUGGCAUCGGCGUAGCCGGCGGCGGCGGCCAGCAGAAGAACAAGGAGAACCUGCAGGAGGCGGCCAUUUGAGAGAGCCAGCUGCGCUGGGAGGAGCAGCGUAAGCAGCUGGAAUGGUACUACAAGUGCUUCUGAACCGAACCUAAAAUCGAAUCGAAUCCUAAAACAAAAACUAAAGCUAAGCCUAAGCCUAAAGCCACCUGUAGUCGACGACAGUAUUCCCGGAGAAUCUCGCUGUCCCACUACGACUUAACCCGAUCGUUAGACAUACACACCCUAAACGCAUAUAAUACACAUAUAUAGACCAUAGAUCCUAGACAUAAUAGAGACGCAUAAGCCCACGCUGUGUGGGAACCCCAUGACAUAUAAUGCAUGCCAAAGCUUACCACUUAGACGGAGAAACUAAAGCGGAGAAACUACAAGUUUUGCCCAGGAGGAAGGAGAAUUGUGGAGCAGAGAAGACAGAAGUCGGAAUAUUCCUAUUGUAGAAUCCAUUAUUGUAUUGUAAAUGAGUACAUCAAGCGAGUACGUUUAUUUAUUAAGUGUGUGCGACAAUAAAAAUAAUUAAUUUAUUCAACCA